AUGAUUGAACGAGCACAACCUACCAAUUAUGAAUUGGUUCGUCAAGAUAUUAUCGAAGGAAUUCAGUCAUCAAUAAGUAAUUUAGUAUUGAAGUUAGCUGAAUGUUAUUAUAGCGAUGGAAAUUCCAAAGAAUUACUUUGUUUGGCUGGUACUGUUGUUUGUCAAUAUAAAGGAAAUCGAUAUAAUACUCCUAUUGAAAUUUGGUUUCAACAAGAUCAUCCACAAGUCCCACCAUUAGCUUAUGUUAAACCAACACCAGAUAUGUAUAUUUCAACAACAAGUAGAGAUGUUCAACCUGAUGGAGCCGUUAUUAUACCUUAUCUUAGAAAUUGGCGUCAUCCAAAUAGUGAUCUAGAUACUUUAUUAAAUGCAAUGUCUCAAGCAUUUAGUCAAUCACCUCCUGUAUAUUCAAAUACGAAUAUGACUAAUCGUUCAACACCAUAUCCAACGAAUACAUCCAUUGCUAAUUCAAAGGCAUUCUCAUCUCUUUCUAAUGCAUCACCAACAAUAUCGAGUGCAUCAGCAUUAACUUCGAACACAUCUUUAUUGGUCACUCACAGUCAAACUUUCAAUCUCACAUCCAACAAUAUUGAUGAACAAAAGUAUACUCAUCGGUUCUCUGAUAUUGCUGCUGAACCACGACGAAUGCUUUUACCAAUUCAAGGAUUUGAGCAAAUGCCUCUGGUUUCUCUUGAAGAGGCUGUUACUCCUCUUGUCUCGCUUGUUCCAGAUGUCGAACAAAUGGUUUGGAUCGCUAAACAGAAUUGCAAUGAUCCAAAGGAUGGUCUAACCACUGAUGAGUCUGCAUCCAUCCUGCUUUAUACAAUGGAAUGGGAACCGUAUGAGAAGUCUUUCUAUCUCGUACUCAAUACUACUCUACGAGCAACGGUUCGCGAACAGCUAAAACCAUGGUUUUUAUAUCUUCGACUCGUCUUCAAUGCUCUCCAGAAACUUCCAUCAACUCAUCAUGUUGUCUACCGAGGUAUCAAAUCGGAUUUGACUGCUCAAUAUUCCAGAGGAAGCACAGUUGUUUGGUGGGGUUUCUCUUCAUGUGCAGUGUCGAUUGAAACCCUUAAGAAUGAGCGUUUCUUGGAAAAAGAAGGAAUAAGAACUCUCUUCAGUAUUGAAUGUGAUUCUGGUAAAAAUAUUCGAUCGCAUUCAUUUUAUGCCGAAGAAGAUGAAGUUUUGCUUCUUCCGGCUCGUCAAUUUGAAAUCAUUGGCUGUCUUGAUCAAGGAAAUGGUCUUCAUAUCAUUCAAUUAAGGGAAACGCAACCGAAAUUUCCGCUUAUCAAACUUAACUCAUCAUAAAACAGAAAACGUCGCAUAUGACUUUGAAAUCAAAUUUUUUUCAUAUUUACAUAUGUCAACAUGCAUGCCAUUCCGCUAUCAUUUGUAAGACAGAAAUCAUUAAAGGCAAAGAAUAAAUUCUAAAUCAUGUUAGACAAGAAAAUAUAGACGACCAGUUUCUCUUGAUUAACCAGCAGCUCGAUUGCAGUAUAGUCAUUACGAUGAUUGGCUAGUAUUCGCUUAUCUCAUAAUAUAUCCAAAAUCUAUUUUCAUUGUAGAAUUAAAAUUGGAUGUGGGUGUGGGUGUGGGUGUGGGUGGGUUUGGGAGGGUGUGGGUGUGGAUUGAACUGUUCUGUAUAAGCGAAUCCACACCCACACCCAAACCCACCCACACCCACUCCCACCCACACCCACUCCCACC